AUGGCUACUUCACAACAGCCCAUUAACGGCAACGGCACAGCUGUGCGCCCCACGCACGAGGAAGAGGAAGAGGAAGAGGAGAACAUCUUCUUGUUUGUCCCCAACUUGAUUGGCUAUGGUCGCGUCGUCCUUGCCCUCACUUCCCUCUACUACAUGCCCCUCCACCCUCGCACAUGCACAGCUCUCUACAGCAUUUCGUGCCUGCUGGACGCGCUUGACGGGUACGCUGCCCGCGCUUACGAGCAGAGCACCAAGUUCGGCGCCGUGCUGGACAUGGUCACCGAUCGCUGCACAACGUCAUGCUUGCUUGUGUUCCUUGCGCAGGCGUUCCCCCGCUGGAGCAUCAUCUUCCAGGGCCUGAUCUCUCUGGAUCUGGCGAGCCACUACAUGCACAUGUACGCGACGCUGAGUAUGGGUGGAAGCGCGAAGAGCCACAAGGAUGUGUCUGCGAGCCGGAGCUGGAUUCUGAGGCAGUACUACUCGAACAAGUGGGUCCUCUUCACCUUCUGCGCCCUCAACGAAGUGUUCUUCAUCGCCCUCUACCUCCUCUCCUUCUCCUCACCCUACCUGAGCCCUACGCUUCUCGCCGACCCUGCCAACCCCUCCUCCCUCGCUCCCGGAUCGCCCGCUGCGCCCAAACCCAGCGUGCUCUUCGCAUCUCCAUUCUCUGCUGGCGCUAUGGAGGCGGCGCGCGCAAACAAGAUGGAUUCGACUGUGCCGUGGAUUUGCAUGUUUGUCUCUGCGCCGAUCAUGUUGGCCAAGCAGAUUAUCAAUGUGGUGCAGAUGAAGAAGGCCGCCUCGUGGCUCGCGGAGGGUGAUCGGGCGGCGAGGAAGGCUGCGGGUCUGCCAAGGAAGACGUCCAAGAAGAUACAGUAA